AUGCAUAUCUCCACUUUCGCCUCUAUCAUGAUGCUUGCGCCUUCGACGAUCCAGGUGUCGGCGCGGCCGGCAAGGUCCUGCGGGAAGUCGAUGGGUGGCCAGGCACAACCCGCCAAUGGCAAGGCUAUCUACAUGCUGAGCAACCAGGCAUCCAAUUCUGUGGUUGCCGUGCCCAUCGCAAAUGACGGGUCUCUGGAUGCAGCAGGUAGCUCAUCGACAAGCACCGGUGGUUGUGGCGCGAACGGCGUUGACGGCGAAACAAAUCAGCCUGCUGCCCCGGACGCGCUGUUCAGUCAGUCCGCCCUGACUGUGGCCGGAAACAACCUGUUCGCAGUCAAUGCCGGCUCCAACACUCUCUCGAUGUUCGCUAUCGACGCCCAGGACCCCACGAAACUCACCAUGGUCGGCAAUCCCGUUGAUGUUCCGGGCGAAUUUCCCGUCACUGUGGGAGCCUCUGCGAAGCACAAUCUCGCAUGCGUGGGCAUGACAGGGAGCACGGCUGGCAUGGCGUGUGCUUCAUUUGAUGCCGCGCAAGGGCUCGGGGAGAUGGACGACCUCCGACCUUUCGAUCUCGGCCAGACUACACCACCCGUCGGCCCAACCAACACGGUCUCGCAGGUGUUCUUCUCCGAUGAUCAGUCGAUGGUAUUUUCAACAGUCAAAGGAGAUCCAACCAAGAAUAACACUGGCUUUCUGGCCUCAUUUCCAGUCAACGCUGCCUGUCAAGGCCAAGCUGCAUCAGUCGCUGCCGAGGGCGCCCAGACCUCGCCGAGUGGUACUGCAGUUCUGUUCGGCUCAUCGCCUAUUGCCGGAUCUUCUAACCUCUUCGUCACGGACGCGUCAUUCGGCGCUGCUGUGUUGAGCAUGCAGCAAGCAGCUAAUGGUUCUGCACCGGGCUCGAUGGUUGCUGAAGUCGCGGGCAAAGGAGUCAUCGACAACCAAAAGGCGACCUGUUGGGCCGCGAUCAGCCCGGCUACAAAGACUGCCUUUGUGACGGACGUAGGCGUAAACCACCUGGUUGAGAUGUCUCUGGAGGAUGCUAGCAUUCAGUCGCAAACGGAUCUUAGUGCCAACGGCGAUCCCGGCCUGAUCGACCUCAAGGCAGCUGGCAGCAUGGUUUAUGCGCUGAGCCCCGGCAACGGAACUACCAACGCUGCCGUGACGGUACUGGGCGCCCAGUCCAAGGAGCAAGUCCAGCAUCUUGAUAUGAGUACGCUCGGUCUGGACAAAAAUGCUCAGGGCAUGGCAGUGUUAGAAUAA